AUGAGGCCUGCUGGUCUCAGCCCAGCGGUUGCACAGCUGGAACAGUGUGGCCUGGUUAACAGUGAUGAAAAGUACCUUUCCUCUUUAAAUCAAGCAAUUCACCUGGAAGGUCUUAAGAUGUGUAGCUUAUCUGAGUCACCUGUGUCGAUAAGAACAGAUGAUCCCGAUUUGGUCUGUUCCACAGAAAGUGCCAUUGUGUCGUAUUUCAGCGGGGUUAAGAGUGACUCAUCCUGCACUCUCUCGGUUGGAGAUAACUUCUCGCACGUUAGCGACACAUUGCCCCCUUCCUUAUUCUACUCUUCCCUGUCUUCUUUCAGUGCAUUCUCUCCGUCCUUCUCUUCCCCUUCCUCCAGCCACUCAUCUGGCUCAAUGUCAGAGCUAUGUUUGACUUCUCCAUCUUUUUCAACUUUCUGCGGUCCACCUGAGGCCCAGGACCUUCUAUACAGUUGCACGCCACAGGAGAAAUCUCCAGAAGGAUGUUUGUAUUCCAAGUCUCCUAAGCAAGAACCUGUUGUUGAAUUUCAUCUUUGUAACAAGAAGCUUCUACACAAGGAAGAACUGCUUCAAUAUCUCUGCACUGACUCGGACACAGCCAAGGAACGAACCCAGCACCUUAAUGUUGAAGAGCUUCCCACACAGCAGCAGUUCAAGAAUGGUUUGGCACUGAGUGGGAUGCCUAGAGUUGAGGGAAUGAAUGGACACCCGAGGGAAGAACAGCCAUGUAAAUGGAUGGAUUGUAGGGCUACCUAUGGACAGAAGGAAGAUUUGGUGAGACACAUAGAGAAAGUUCACAUAGAUCAGCGAAAAGGGGAGGAAUUUACCUGCUUCUGGGCAGGGUGUGUCCGUCAGCACAAGCCCUUCAAUGCUCGAUACAAACUGCUCAUUCACAUGAGAGUCCAUUCUGGUGAGAAGCCCAAUAAAUGCACGUUUGAAGGCUGCAGUAAGGCAUUUUCCCGUCUGGAGAACCUGAAGAUCCACCUUCGCAGCCACACCGGAGAGAAGCCCUACAUAUGCCAGCAUCCCGGCUGUUUCAAAGCCUUCAGCAACUCCAGUGAUCGCGCCAAACACCAGCGCACACACCUGGACACGAAACCCUAUGCAUGUCAGCUCCCAGGAUGCACCAAACGCUACACCGACCCCAGCUCGUUGCGCAAACACAUCAAGGUCCACUCCACUAAAUCCCUGCAGGCACAGGACAAGGUCCAGCUAGGCAAUAAGGUGGAGCAGGAAGUUGUGGAUGUGCGCAUUGGCUUGCAGCAUCUCCAUGGCUCUACUCCUUCAGUACACAGCCCAAACUACAGGUGUCCCAGCUCCCUCACUAAGAUUCAUCAGGAAGGCUUUACUGCAUACUCAGAGGAGGAUGAAUCGUGUAGCAGAGUCUUAUCUGGAACCUCCAGUGUAACUCUGGAGCAGCCCAGAAUGGAGCACAGCAGCAUCAGCCUUCACAACCAUCUGCACAAUAACAAGCUCAAUCAGACAAGACUUUCUCCACUGGUUUGUGGAAUCAACCUCAGUGGUACCAAUGAGCUCCAGUUGGUCUCUGAGAAACACAGCUCCUUCCUAAACCCACAUCAAAAACUCAACCAGAUGUUUAAUGAAGUACCAAUAAAUCAGCACGUUUUUCAGGCCACUGUUAAUCAUGUUGAGCAGAUUUCCAGUAAUGAAAGAGACGAUCUGCAUAAUUUUGACGAAAAUGGAUUUCCUUUUACUUGUAUAAACUCCUCUGGCUACAGCCUAACUCAGGACAUACGGUAGGUGAGUGGGAAUCGCCCCUGCUCACUGUCCUGCUCCGGUCGGGAUCUAUAUGAACACUACCACGGUCAGAUCGGCUCGCUAUAGACUUGAGACACACAUUUGACCCACUG